CGGUUAUCCAAUUUCCACUAGUGCGCGAAAAUAUUGCAGUUUGAAUGUAUCACACCACAUUUAUAUAUAGCCUUCGACUUGAAAUUCUCUAGUCCACAAUCAUCCCUCCUCACUUUCAAUCGAAAACACAUCGUUCCCAAUCGUCUUCAUCGGUGAACACAUUCUUCCAAACCCUUUUCUUUUUUCUUCAAAGAGAGAAAAUCCUAAUAAGAGAGAUGGCCGCGGAAAAACCUUAUUCGAGAAUCUUAAUGUUCCCAUGGCUAGCCCACGGCCAUGUGUUCCCUUUCCUCGAGCUCGCGAAGAAGCUCUCUUCUAGAAACUUCCACAUCUACUUCUGCUCCACAUCAAUCAACCUCGAUUCCGUCAAAACGAAUCUCAACAGCGACAAAGAUUCCUCAUACUCGAUCGAAUUGGUCGAGCUGAAUCUCCCACCACUCCCCGACCUCCCACCACACUACCACACAAACAAAAACGUCCCACUCCACCUCAUGCCCCUCCUACUUCAGGCGUUCCAGAUGUCGGCGCCGGUGUUCGCCGACAUCAUUGCUAAGCUCACGCCUGACUUGCUUAUCUACGACGGGUUCCAGCCGUGGGCAGCCAAGGCCGCGGCUGCCCACGACAUCCCCGCCGUGUUCUUCUCCAUCGCCAAUUCGCCGUCGCUGGCGUUCUUCCACCAUAUGCAUACGCAUAAAAAUCCUGAAUCUUUCCCUUAUAAUGCAAUUAGGUUAAGGGAUUAUGAAAUGAGGGAUUUGAUCGAGCAGAGCAAGUACAUGGAGCAGGUGAAAGAUAAGGAGGAAUUAGGGUUUGCAUUUGGCGUUUUUAGAUUGUCUUGUGAGAUUGUGUUGAUCAAGAGCUGCCGAGGGAUUGAGGAGAAUUAUGCUGAUUAUCUCUCUAAAUUAAGUGAGAGAAAGGUUUUGUUUACCGGUGUGUUGGUUAAGAAACCGGAAGAUGAAAAGAGAGAAGGUUUGGAGAUCAUGAAAUGGCUAGGAGAGAGAAGCAUAAGGUCGACUUUGUAUAUUUCUUUUGGGAGUGAGAAUUAUUUGUCAAAGGAGCAAAUGGUGGAGAUAGCGAAAGGAUUGGAGGAGAUUGAUGUUAAUUUUAUAUGGGUGGCUCGGGCGCCGGCAGGGGGCGAUGCCGCCGAGCUGCCGGAGGGGUUCGAGGGGAGGACGAGGGAGAGGGGGUUGGUGGUGCGGGGGUGGGCCCCACAGGGAGCGAUCCUGGCCCACGAGAGUGUGGGGGCGUUCAUGACGCACUGCGGGUGGAGCUCGAUCUCGGAGAGCACGUGGUUCGGGGUUCCAGUGGUGGGACUGCCAUUGAAGUAUGACCAAACGGUGAACGCGAGAGUGGCGGUGGAGGCUGGGAUCGGGGUGGAGGUGGCGAGGGGCGGGGAAGGGGAAUUUGACGGUGGGGCGGUGGCAAGGGCUGUGGGGGAGGUGAUAGGGGAGGGAGGGGAGGGGUUUAGGAGGAAGGUGGGGGACUGGAGGAAGAAGAUGGAGAUGGAGGAAGAUGGAGCCAUUGAUGAAGUUGUGAAGGAGUUAUCUAGGGUUUGUGGCAAGAAAUGAUGGUUUUGUUCGGUUAGAUUUUACAUUUUCUUUAUCAUGCAUUUGAAUAGUGAGAUAUAAUAAAAUUCAGGGUACGCUAUAUGUUUGCCUU